AUCUACCUUCGUCUACAAACCCAUCAUUUGUAUCAAAGACACACGAUUGAACAAAAGUCACAUAUCUAACUUUUAUCAUUACUGAGAGCGCCACGAUCAAAUCCGGACUAUAACACCAACAAAAACAUACGAACCCAUCCAACAAAAAAUAGGUUCCAUCAUAAACUAUCCAAGACAAAUGUCGUUCUUCCCAAUCAUCCCUUCAACAUCACUCUACAGCUCCAUCCUCGCUCUCCCGCCACCCCACGACCAUCACCACCACACCAUCCACAUGGACCACCACACCCUCUCCUCGCUCCUCUCCCACGUCCUCGCACCCACAUCCCCAGCGGCCUGCCCCACACCCGCACCUCUCAGCGCAUCUCCCCCACACCAAGCAGAGCGCCAAGAAAAAGAAGCCCGCAUAAUCCGCCUCGCGGAAGAAGAAGAGCUGGCGCGGAUACAAAGCGGAGAGCAAGACGGCACGCCAUUGUGUCGCGAGGAAGGCAUCGCAGCGUGGCAUCAGUGUCAGCAUCAGGAACGCAAGGAUUCGAUGGAGGCGCAGAAGAAGAGGCCGAGGCGGAGUUUGGAGUGGUUGGCAGGCGUGAUUAGAGAGAGGAAGGAGCAUGCAUGAGAGGGGGGGGGGGGAAGAUUUUAGAUCAAGUUAUUUUAUUUUAUUUUAUUUUUUCGGGAAGGAGGCGAGGAAUCGGAAAGGGAGGAGAGAAAAGGGAUAACGGGAUAAAUUUAAGGGCGCGUGGGAGAAGAUACCCUAGAUGGGACGGAAGGGAGGAGGGGGGGUUUCUUCUAAAUUUUGUUUUUUUUUAGGUACAAGUAGUGAAAGGAGGUGAAUGAGAAACUUUACAUUCAAUG